AUGACCACUGCUCUUUGCAACACGCUGGAACGGACCAGGACACCGACCCACGCCGAGCUGCUGACGGGGCUGCGAGGCGAGCUGCGCAGUGGCGGCUUCGACCAGGUGCCCAGCCUCACGUCCUCGCAGCGGUUCGACCCGAACAAGCCGUUCUCCCUUUGCGACCACAUUGAGGGCAAUUCGAACCAGUUGUUGGGACGUCAUUUCCGCAAGCGCAAGCACCCACAGAGAGCGAAUCUGCUGCAGGGCGGGCUCGGCGACAUGCUGAUGGAAGGGGCCAUCGGCUUCAUGGUCGCCGACAUGGCGGGCGACGCCCUCGGCGGCCUCCUCAUGGGCGGCGGCGACGACGGCGGCCUCUUCGAGGCGGACGGCGGGGACGACGGCGGCGACUUCUUCGGCGACGACUGGUGA